CCAGAGAGAGGCUGGGGCAGAGGCGGCCGGAGCGGCUGAGGGAGCGCGAGCGGCGGGGGGGCCCUGUCGGCGACAGCGGCGGCGACAGCGGCGACAGCGGCGGCCACAGCCACAGCGGCGGCUUCCAGCGCCUCGCGGCCCGGCGUUUGCCCCGCUCCCCUCGGCGCCGGGCGGCCCCGGCCCGCGGCGGCGGCGCUGACAGCCCGCCCGGAGCCCCGGGGGCGGCCGCGGCCACCAUGUCGUCCCCCAGCCCGGGCAAGAGGCGGAUGGACACCGACGUGGUCAAGCUGAUUGAGAGCAAACACGAAGUCACAAUCUUAGGAGGACUCAACGAAUUUGUUGUGAAGUUUUAUGGACCACAAGGAACACCCUACGAAGGUGGAGUGUGGAAAGUCCGAGUCGACCUUCCUGACAAAUACCCCUUCAAAUCCCCAUCUAUAGGAUUCAUGAAUAAAAUCUUCCAUCCCAACAUUGACGAAGCGUCAGGAACUGUUUGUCUAGAUGUCAUCAAUCAGACCUGGACAGCUCUCUACGACCUCACCAACAUCUUCGAGUCCUUCCUGCCGCAGCUGCUGGCCUACCCCAACCCCAUCGACCCGCUGAACGGGGACGCCGCGGCCAUGUACCUGCACCGGCCCGAGGAGUACAAACAGAAGAUUAAAGAAUACAUCCAGAAAUAUGCAACAGAAGAAGCCCUGAAGGAGCAGGAGGAGGGCACUGGGGACAGCUCGUCCGAGAGCUCCAUGUCCGACUUCUCGGAGGACGAGGCGCAGGACAUGGAGUUGUAGUGCAGCCCGAGCUCCUGCUUUGCUGAGAGACUCUGAUUUCCUAACCACGAGGAGCAGACUAUAAUAUUCAUAUUUAAACAAAGCAAUUUUUUUUAUUACUAAACAAGGUUUUUAUGAAUUCUAGCAUUGAGCUAUAUAUAUAUAUAUUUAUAUCAGGAGUGUUUCUGUAUAAAUAUAUAUAUAUAUAUAGAAUUAUCUGGCACCCUGUAGGUCCUGGUUUGCUCGGGGUCCCCCGGUCCCGAGGUGCAUCAGAGCAUUCCCAACAUUCCAUUCUGGUGGCAAUCUGCAGCCCUGAGCUUUUCCUGGGCCACGUCAGCUUGGGUGUGCUGCCAGCCAGCUGCCCUGGGAGGGAGGGAAUUAACCAAAAAAAACCCCAAAAAUCCAAAUAAAAGGUAGAAAAAAAACAAAAA